AUGUCUCUUCCUAGUAAAGUGCAGGAUGCAAUGAAGGAUAAGAAGUGGGCAAAUGCGAUGGUCGUGGAGAUGGAUGCACUUGAGAAGAAUUAUGGGUCGGUGGAUAGAUAUAAGGCAAGGUUAGUGACAAAGGGUUAUACUCAGAAGUAUGGAGUGGAUUAUGAUGAGACUUUCACGCCAGUGGCAAAGAUCAAUACAAUCCGGGUACUUCUGUCUCUAGCAGCUAAUCUGGAUUGGACUCUGAAGCAGCAGAGUAACUCGGAUCACACCUUAUUCCUUAAGCAUCAGAAGGGUAAGGUUACAGCCUUGAUUAGUUAUGUUGAUGACAUGGUGGUGAUGGGUAAUGAUUUAGAGGAGAUUAAGAAGUUGCAGACAAAGACUGGCAUGCUUGAUUGUAAGCCAGCUGAUACUCCUAUUGAGCAGAAUUAUCGGUUAGCAGAAUAUCCGGAUCAAGUACCCACAAAUAAGGCAAGGUAUCAAAGGUCUGGUUCUUGGAAUUUGCUGAUAUAUGAUGAUUUUGGUGUGAAGAAGAAGUAG